UCAUGUUGGAUUUGAGUGUCCGCCAUUUAGAAACGAUCAACUGGACAUUCUGGUGAAAUUUAAAUGUUUUUUCUAUUGUUACAGGGCUCAGCUGAUUCUAAUUACUCCCAACCUUCGUCAGAUCUAUCACUUGACGAGGAGAAAGAGACAUUACGAAGAGAGAAGGAGAGGCAAGCACUUAGUCAACUCGAAAAAGCAAGGACCAAGCCGGUAGCAUUUGCUGUUCGAACCAACGUAGCCUACGACGGAUCAUUGGACGACGAUUCUCCAGUACACGGUUACGCCAUUUCCUUCGAGAUCAGAGAUUUUUUACACAUCAAAGAGAAAUACGACAACAACUGGUGGAUAGGACGAUUGGUCAAAGAAGGCUGCGACAUCGGUUUCAUUCCCUCCCCAGUCAAGCUAGAGAAUCUGCGACUGCAACAGGUUGCUACCAGGACGACCAAGCUCUAUUCGAGUAAAACGAGUUCGAGCUCCAACAUCGGGGCAGCUGGUAACGAUGUUUCCAGAGGUAGCACUCCUCCCACACCUGGAGACGAAUCUGACUCGAUGGGCAACCCUCGCACUGGCAAAUCCCUUACGACGCCCCCGGCCAAGGAGAAGAAGAAGCCCUUCUUCAAAAAGCAGGAGGCCACGGCGCCCUACGACGUGGUUCCCUCCAUGCGGCCGGUGGUGCUCGUCGGGCCCUCUCUCAAGGGCUACGAGGUCACCGACAUGAUGCAGAAGGCCUUGUUCGAUUUCCUCAAGCACAGGUUCGAGGGCAGGAUAAUCAUAACGAGGGUGAUGGCGGAUAUAUCUCUGGCGAAGCGCUCCCUGCUGAACAACCCCUCGAAGCGUGCCAUCAUGGAACGUUCCACCACCAGAUCGACUUGUCUGUCAGAAGUGCAGGCGGAGAUCGAACGCAUUUUCGAACUGGCCACCACUCUGCAGCUGGUCGUGCUGGAUUGUGAUACUAUUAAUCAUCCUUCGCAACUUGCCAAAACUUCCUUAGCUCCUUGUAUUGUAUAUCUUAAAAUUAGUAGUCCUAAGGUAUUGCAAAGGCUUAUCAAGUCCAGGGGAAAGAGUCAAGCUAGGCAUCUCAACGUCCAGAUGGUUGCUUCAGAAAAAUUAGCUCAAUGCCCUCCGGAAAUGUUUGACGUCAUUUUAGACGAGAAUCAAUUGGAGGAUGCUUGCGAGCACAUAGCUGAAUAUCUAGAGGCUUAUUGGAGAGCUACACAUCCGGAAACAGGUGUUCCGAAUGUACCUCGACCAAUGGGAACCUCUCCUCAAGCGUCACCUAGCGGGGACCAAGGAAGACCCACAUUGCCAGCCCACCACGAUGUAUAUGGAUACUCCCACGAAUCUCGAGGUAGUCAUGCAGGUGUUAGAUACAUUGGAUUGCAAAGUUGGGAUUCAGUAGACUCUUUAGAAUCACUAUCGUUCUUAUAG